AUGCAAUAUUUUUUUCUGGUAUUUCUAGCUGUUUUAGCAAAAGGGUUUUUAAGAAAUAAAGAACACGCCAAUUUAAUAAACUCAUACAAUGACAUUGUAGAAGAUAUAAAUAUUAAAAAGGAAGAGAAAAGUUCAAGUGAACCUCCUUUCAUUCCUAUAAAAAAUAAGAUAGAUAAUGUUCAUACAAAAAAUAACAAUCAAUAUAAUUUACAUAAUAAUAAAUCUAAUAAAACACACCUUACUUAUGGAACACAUACUAGCUUUUUACAAAACUGCACCAUCAAUGAUUGUGUAGAUGUCGAUAAUAAAGAUUCUGAAAUUAAUAAUAUAACAAAAGAAAAAGAUGAUAAUAAUAAUAAUAAUGGAACUAAGCAAAUUGAAGAGAAAAAUAAAAUCAAUAAAAGCGAUUUGCAUAGACAAAAUGAAUUAAAUUUACAAAGUGGAAAAAAUGAACAAGACAUAAAUAAAAAUGAAAAAGGAAAACAGGAUAUCUCUAAUUCCAAUGCAGAGAACAAAAAGGAUGUAAAAGAAGGAGUGAAAGAAUUAGAAGAAAAGAAAAAAGAAGAGAAAAUUUCAGAUGAUCAUAAAGUAGAGGAAAACAAAAAAUCUGAUGACCAUAAAGUUGAGGAAAACAAAAAAUCUGAUGAUCAUAAAGUUGAGGAAAACAAAAAAUCUGAUGAUCAUAAAAUAGAAGAAGUAAAAAAAGUAGAGGAACAUGAAGAAGACGAAGAAGAGGAUAAGAAAGAAAAAAAAUCAGAAAACAAAAAUAAAGAUGAAAAUAAAGAUGAAAAUGAUGAAGAUAAUGAUGAAAUAAGUGAUGAAGAUGAAGUUGAUGAUGAUGUUGAAGAAGAUAAAAAUGAAAAUGAUGAUAUUGAUGAUGAUAAAAAGGAAACAGAUAAAACACAUUUGGAAGAAGAGGAAAAUGAAAUAAUUGAAAAGGAAUUUAGUGAUAAGAAAAAGAAUGGUAAAAAUAAAGAUACUAAGAAGGAAAAAAGUAAAGAUACUGAGAAGGAAAAAAGUAAAGAUAUAGAGAAGGAAAAAAGUAAAGAUAAAGAGAAGGAAAAAAGUAAAGAUAAAGAGAAGGAAAAAGGUAAAGAUAAAGAGAAGGAAAAAAGUAAAGAUAUUGAGAAGGAAAAAGAAAAAGAUAAAGAUAUAGAGAAGGAAAAAAGUAAAGAUACUGCGAAGGAAAAAGAAAAAGAUAAAGAUAUAGAGAAAGAAAAAAGCAAAGAUAUGGAAAAAUUAAAGAAUAAACAAAAUGAUGAAAAAAAGAAAGACGAUAACGAAAAGAAAAAAAAUGAUAAACAAGAUAUACAUGAUGAUAAUGAUGAUGAAAAUGAUAUGGAAGAAAUAGAAGAAAAUGAUGACGAAGAAGAUGAGGAUGAAGACAUGGAAAACAAAAAAAAAAAAAAAAAAGGAAAAAAUGGAAAUGAAAAUGGAAAUGAAAAUGGAAGUGAAAAUGGAAAUGAAAAUGGAAAUGAAAAUGGAAAUGAAAAUGAAAAUAAAAAUGAAAGUGAAAAUGAAAAUGAAAACGAAAAUGAAAACGAAAAUGGAAACGAAAAUGAAAACGAAAAAGAAAACGAAAAAGAUAAAAAUAUUAAAGAGAUUGAAAAUGUAACAAAUGCAAACAAGGAAAACUAUGAAAAAAUAAAUAAAAAUUCUGAAAUAACAAUAACAAAAUCAAAUAUAGAUAUAUAUAAUAAUAAUAGGAAUAAUGAUAUUGAUAAAGUAAAUAACCAUAUAUUCACAAAUCAACAAAAAAAACACAAUCUUCAUAAUGAACAAAAUAAAUUUAAUGAAACAUUAAAUGUAUCAACCAAUCAUAAAAAUCAUUAUGAGGAGAAAAAGAAAUAUGAAUCUAACAUGUUCAACGUAGACAAAAGAAUGCAUAAAAAUUUAACAAGCAUGGAUACAAUACUUCACAAUUUGAAUGAUAAAUUAAGCCACCACAAAGAUCUAAAAAAUAGAGAAUUAAAAUUAAAAUUUGAAGCCAUGAGUAGAAUCAAAGAAUAUAAAAUAUACAAUGAGCUUAUUCAAAAAUCUGUGGAAAUUUUGACACUUAGAUUAACCAAGAUUAACGACGAAUUGAAAAAGUUAAAAGACAUAUCGGAAAAUGCUUUACAAAAAUAUAUAAACGAGAAAGGUUAUGGAUUGAUGAAACAUUAUAAUUUCCCAGAAUAUAACAAACUUGAGGAAGAAAAGAUCAUGAAAAGAAGCAAAAUAACUUGGAAUGAAAAAAAAAGCCAUCAUCUCUAUUGUCCUAUGGAAUGUAAUAAGGAGAGGUGUUAUAACAGACCACGUGGUCCUACUCAAUGCUACAAAUUAGAACAAAUAGGUAGAAAUAUUGAGACCAUAUGUGAACCUUUCAUUAACGAACAUAAUGGAACCUGUCGACCCGAUUUUCAUCACUGUGCCAUAGCAGAACCUGAGAGAAAUAAAAAAUAUUCAAUAUAUGCAACGGACGAUGUACAUUUUGUACCUUCCCAAUUUGUUACUAUAAAAGGAUAUAAUUUACAUGAAUGUUUACAAUUUUUGGUCGUCAAAAAGAAUUCCACAUGCGGACCCAUGACAAUUGAAAAAAACUUAAUGGAGUCUGAAGAAAUUUUAAAAGAGCCUGUUUUAAGCAAAGUUUUAUAUAACGAAAUUUUAUUUGAAAAUAUAAAAAUAUCUACACCAGGAGAAUAUAAUAUAUGUUUGGCUCAAUUUUAUCAAGACCCAGAGAAGGAUGAUAUACUAUCAGAAAAUAGUUCAAAUAAAUAUAAGAAAAAAAAGAAAAACGAUAUGAAAGUUUUAGGAAUAGACACCAUUGGUACGUUGUAUGUAUUACCGUUACAUGAAAAACAAAAAACGGGAUAA